AUGUUUCCGCUAUUUUUCUUCGUAAUAGUUCGCAUUGGCAAUAACGCUAUCGAAUUAUUUGAAAAACCAUAUUACGAUUUGAGUGACGCUCACAACCUUUUCAAACAUUUUAUCCAGGAACAUGGCAAAAAGUACGAUCCGGAAGAGUAUUUACAUAGACUUGAGAUUUUCAAGAAAUCUUUAAUUGAGAUCAAUGAACGCAACGCAAUACACGCGCAAAGUGUGUUUGAAGUAACUCGUUUUGCGGAUCUGGCGCCUGAUGAACGAUAUAGCAAUAUGCUUCUGAGUGAGUUCGUUGAUGAAACUGCGAUUGAGAUGCACUAUCAUCCACAUGAGAUCACUGCUCCGGAACAGUGGGACUGGAGGGACUAUGGAGCCGUCACUCACGUUAAGAAUCAAGGCGACUGUGGUAGUUGCUGGAUCUUUAGCGCUACUGGAGCUAUUGAAGGUCAAUAUGCCAUCAAACACGCUAAAACCCUAGCAUUCUCUGAACAGCAGAGCUUGGACUGUAUAAAUCAUCCUUACGAGUAUGAAACGCAUGCAGAUAAUUGUGGAGGAGGGCUUCCUGGGACAGUUAUGGCUUACCACGAGAUAUUUGGUGUAGUGUUAGAAAAAGAUUACCCAUAUAAAGAAAUUCAAUCAACGUGCACAGAAGAUCCCAAAAAGGUAGUAACUAAGGUCACAGGAUACAAGGUCCUGAAUUCUACAGAUGAGGAAACACUGAAACAGCUCGUGUAUGAAAAGGGGCCUUUAGCAGUGGCCAUAGAUCCCAUGGAUUUAACUUUUCACAAGAAAGGCAUCUUAUAUCCGCACCACUGUACAAAUCUCAUCGGCCAUGCAGUACUGUUGGUUGGGUAUGGUAUUGAAAACGGUACCAAGUAUUGGAUCCUCAAGGACUCUUACGGUCUUGAAAGAGGAAACCAGGGCUACUUCAAACUGGUCCGAGGUAUCAACGCGUGUACCAUGGGCACAACAUAUACUGCAUAUUGUACUGUUGCUUAAUAAUAUGUAUUUAUAGAUGUAGUACAUAGGUUGUCCGUUGUAUUUUCUCGAAGAAAUUAGUAUUUGUCGUGCU